AUGGACAGCCUCCUCAGCUACUUCAACUCCGAUACUUCGGGCCGCGACCAGGUCUUCAACCUCAACCCCGAGGGCCAGGAGAACAUGGGAAGCCUCUUCCAUAAGCUAGCUCAUCGGAGAACGGCCAGCCUGAGAAUCUCGCUGGCUGGGUUUGCGGCCGCCGGGGUCGGUAGGCUGUUCGAGAUCAAGGGUCUCGACGUGUACGACCGCGAGGAGGCCAAGCGUCAAGCCAAGGAACAGGCUGUCCAGGCGCUCAACCAGUCUGGCCGGUACUAG